AUGGCUACGGAUUCCGUUCCGGCAUCUUCUACCCUACCACCAAAACUUCCUCUAAAUAGGCGUCCUUUUCGUCUUUCUCACCAAACACUUGCCAUAACAAAUAUUGAUUUUGCACAGAGUGUUCUUGUUGGAUAUACUCAAUUGAUAAUUUUUCCUUUGGAUACCUCACUUCACCGUAUAUAUCUGAAUGUUAACCAGUGCCGGAUUCAUCGAGUCUGUAUCGAAGGUGCAGAGGAAUACUUCAAGUAUUCUUCACCUCUUUUUACCCGCUCCUAUCCUCCUGUUGAUGUCCAUUAUAUGGUUAGUGAUCCCUGUUCCGAGAUAUGCAAACAGGAUUGCAAGUAUCGCACUUUGGAUAAUUUUGAAACUCAACAUGCUUCUGUGGUUUCAUCAGUUGAUCCGGAUAAUGCUGCUGGAGAGUUGUCUUUUCUUAUUCCACUUAUAUUCAAUGAUUUAAUACGUGAUCAUUCUCCUCUUCUUAUAACUAUUGAGUUUUCUCUAAACCAACCCAAAAAUGGAUUUCACUUUGUGGUUCCAGAUGAAGAAGGUCAAGACUGUGCAUUUGCGUUCUCUGGGGGUCCUCCUAAUUCCUCACGCUUUUGGUUCCCCUGUAUCGAUUGCAGUGAACCUUGUACAUGGAAAAUUGAAGUGACAGUUGACGAGGAAUGUGUUGCUAUAGCACCUGGUGACUUGUUAGGCCCACCUGAAUACACAGAGGAUUUGCGUAGAAAGACUUAUCAGUUUUAUCUUGCCCAGCCAACCUCAGCUCCUUGUAUUGGCAUUGCUGCAGGAGCUUUUGAGAUUAUUCCUGAUAGCAGUGAGUCGACUUCCAGUACUAUGAUAACCCAUUUCUGCCCAAAGGGUAUGCGCAAACUCCUUGAACACAGUGUUCAAACCUUUUCUGGCAUUAUCGAUUACUAUGAAGGUGAACUGGCCUCUCAGUUUCCAUAUCGUUCUCUCAGCACUGUGUUUGUUGAUAGGUCCUAUGAGGAUUAUCAAUCUUUCGCAUCUCUCAUAAUCUUCUCAGUUGAUUUGUUAUUUUCCCGUCGCAUUAUCGAUCAAGCUAUUGCUACUCGUCGUGUUUUCUCAGUAGCGGUAGCGCAGCAGAUUUUUGGUUGUGUUCUAAUUCCAGAAACCUGGGCUGCUGCCUGGCUCACCUAUGGAAUUGCAAACUAUCUUGCUGGUCUCUAUCAAAAGCGCGUAUUUGGCAACAAUGAAUAUCGGUUUAUUAUUGACAAGUAUAUGAAGGAGGUCACACACUAUGAGCAUAACUACCAUGGUGUAUGUCUCGAUCCUACAAGGAUGACACGUAAAAUGACAUACUUUAGUCUUAAGGACCCACAUGUGAUCUCCCCGGAAUAUCUCAAUGCUUAUAUUAAGAAGGCUCAUUUAGCUAUUCGCAUACUUGCACAACGUUUCGGUCCAAGACUUCUCCUUCAAGUGUUUAACAAAAUUUAUGCAUUGGCAAGACAAUCAACAACUAGCGUAGAGGAACAGACCCAGCAACAGCAGAAAUCGAAUGCAUCUCCAACAAAUCUCUCAAAUAACCUAGAACAGAUCUCCACUGUACCACCGAUGUUGAGUGAUGAAAAUCGGGCGAAUUUGCUCCUCUCAUCGGAGUCAUUUAGACGAAUUAUUUCAACAGUUACUGGCCAGGAUAUCGGCAACUAUCUGGACACUUGGGUUUACAAUUCGGGUCAUGUGAGACUCAAUGUCAAAUUCAAUUUCAAUCGUAAACGCAAUGUCGUUGAAAUUGACCUCAAAGAGGACCGCCAAUCGGAAGGUCAUGUGAGCUAUUUGGGUCCAAUGACAGCACUGUUACAAGAAUUGGAUGGCCCUUUCAUGCACACCUUCAAGCUAGAAGAAGGUCGAACUACCAGGGAUCUGCAGUGCCAUUCAAAAUCACGAAAGCAUAAGAAGAAAAAGAUCCCGUUAUCUAAUGGUGAAGAAGUUGAAAUGGAUAUUAGUCGUGUCGAUCCAGACUCCCCUCUCCUUUGGCUUCGACUCGAUCCCGAACUCUCUGUGAUUCGUAGCAUCAAUAUUGAACAGGCUGAUAACUCCUGGUAUCUUAUGCUGUCCAACGAUAGGGAUUGUCUUGGUCAACUAGAAGCUGUACACGCCCUUGCUAAAUUCCCCUCUCCUGAAACUCGUCAUGCCCUUCUCAGCAUCAUUGCUGAUGAUCAGAUGUACUAUCGAGUUCGAACGGAGGCUUGCAAUGUUCUCUGCCAAGUGGCAAAUGAGAUGUCAAGUAUGGGUAGUCUUGGUAUGGCCGGAAUUUCUUCUGUUGGAGGAGUUGGAGGCACUUCGGCUCAUCACCACCAGAACACCUCUGUGCUCAUCCCACUUUUUUGGCAACUUUAUUCCUCCCCUCUACAACGUGGUUUGGUUCGACAAAAUGACUUCUCCAAUCUGCAGCGCUACUUCCUUCAAAAGGCCAUUGUCCGUGCCGUCUCUACACUUCGUGUUCAACAAGUCUGUCCGCGAGAUGUCAUUUACUUCCUUGUGGAAUUGAAUAAAUAUAAUGAUAACUCUCGAAAUGCCUUCUCGGACUGCUACUAUCAGGCAGAGUUGAUUAGAGCUCUAGCAGGCACUCUCACUCCUGUAAUUAUGAUGAAGGAUGUGCUAACAAUCAAUGUCCUUCCCGACGAAGUACGGACCGUGCUGGAAGAAGUUGUACGAUGUCUCAAUGUUGACUCCCAAUUCCCUAGCUAUAAGAGAAUGGUCACCGUAGAGUGUCUAAAAGCUGUACGUCGUCUUCAGCGUUUGGGAUUCGUUCCUGUUGAUCCUACACUCUUCUACAACGCAGCUGCGCCUGGACACUACGUGGAUGUUCGCUUAUCUGCAAUUGAAUGUCUGGUGGAUUUUGUUCACUCAGAACGAGAUGCUGAUGCUUUGAAUUGGCUAUUCCAGGAGAUUAUUGAGAAACAGGGUUGUACAAAGCAAUCCUAUCCCUAUUUACGUUUUAAGACCGUCUGUUUACUUAUCCAAACACCUCCUUUUGAACGUGGAGGUGGGACUAAAUUGGACACUCCUCAGCUUGCCGACAGGAUCUGGAAACUCAUGAAUGUGGGAUGUGCUGGUGAUUCAAGAUUACGCUGUGCGGUCACGGAUUUGUACUACACCCUGUACCAGGGCAAGAGGCCAUCGUGUCUACCCCUUGCAGAUGGUAUGAUGGUUGUUCGAGUGAAGGAAGGUCGCUCUCUGUUGGGAUAUUCAGAGGCAGAGCCACCAUUGUCGUCGUCAUUUCUUGACGAUAGCCGUCGUCGUAGUGGUGGCUUCGAUUUAUCGCAUGAAUCUGAAUCCUUCGAUGGUCGCUCUUCGCCCACUCCUAAGCAACCUCGAAUGGAACAUCUCAGUGAUGAUGACGAUGAUUUCACAUAA